GUUUUCUUUUAUAAGAAAAAAGAACUUUUCAGGCUUUACUCAAUGACUAAUUGUGGCUGUUCAGGCAAUAAAUCAUGGGAUUUCAAGUUCAUUCCUGAAUAAGAUUCGCCAGGUAACAAGGGAAUUCUUUGAACAGCCAAUGGAAGAGAAGAAGAAGAUCGCCAAAACUGUUGUGGAUUUUGAAGGGUAUGGGGCUGAUCCUGUCCCUGAAGAAGGCCAGUCACUUGACUGGUCUGAUCGUCUCUUUCUUGAUGUGUAUCCUGAAGAUCUAAGAAAGUUCAAAUUCUGGCCGGAAAACCCAAAACCUUUCAGGAACGUUUUAGAAGAGUACACAGAGAAGAUUAAGAAGAUAACAGAGCUCACUUCCAAAGCCAUGGCAAGGUCUCUGAAUCUGGAAGAGAAUUGCUUUUUGAAUCAGUUUGGUGAAAGAGGACCCUUGCAAGCAAGGUUUAACUACUACUCACUUUGUCAAAGGCCUGAUCGUGUUCUUGGCUUAAAACCCCAUGCAGAUGGAUCAGGAUAUACCAUUAUCUACCAAGAUGAACUAGGCCUUCAAGUCUUGAAAGAUGACAAAUGGCUCACAGUUCCCAACCUUUCUCAAGCUCUCCUAGUUCUUAUGGGUGAUCAAAUGGAGAUAAUGACCAAUGGAAUAUUCAAGAGUCCAGUGCACCGAGUACUGAGUAACGCGGAGAAGGACAGGAUCUCUGUGGCUGUCUUCUAUACACCCGAGGGAGGAAGAGAGAUUGGACCAGAAGAUGGGUUGGUCAGUGAGGAAAAGCCACAGAUAUUCAAGAAGGUGAAAGGUUAUGCAGAUAUUCACUUCGAAUAUUAUCAGAGAGGGAUGAGAGCACUCCACAUAGCACAAGUUUGAGCUCUCUUAC